AUAAGUAUGGUAUAGUAUAUGAUGGACUACAAUAUUUGUGUUUAUUUCACAAGUCACAUUUUUUUAAAAAACAAGAAUUCUGUCUUAAAGGUAGAUCAAAAUAUUGAAAAUUUUAAAAAAUGACGACUUCAAAAGAAUUAAACAUGGCUCGCAAAAGUCUUAUCAUAUCCUUGGGUGAAAAUGCUAAGGUGUAUUUCGAAAAGAUGAAACUAUGGUUCCAAAUGAAGACAACAAAGGAAGAGUUUGAUUUUGAAGCUCGUAAUAUAAUGUCGGAAGAUCAAGUUCAUCUACACAAUGAAUUUCUUUUAUGUUUAUUUAAUAAAGUGCAAGGUCUUGCUACGUCAACAACGAUUCGACCUACAAAAAUUAACAAUAAUUAUUGUGCUUUACAAAAUCAGAAAGAGAAAAAAUUACGUUUAAAACGCAAAUAUAAAACCGACAAAUCUAAUUUCGAGCCGGCAGAUAUGUAUGUUGAAGUUUUGAGUCAAACAUCGUCACCAGUCGGAGACGAGCCUAUAGGUGCAAAUCGUUCAAGUGCUCAAGAACUAAUACUUCCAGAUAGAACUUUUGUUUUGGCCAGAUUAAUGUUAGCAGCAUGGGAAAACAAUAUGGAUGGAGCUGAAGAAAGUACAGCUCAUAUAAUUAUUGCUGCAACUCAUAUUUUUUUAAAAAACAUCAUUACUGCAAUUAUCACUAAAAAGAAGGGUUUCUCAGUACGCGACAAAACUUUUAUUUACAAUAUAGGUGAACCUGUACCAAGUUCAUGGAAGAGAAAUUCUACUUUCGCUCAUCAAAGUUGUAUACCACCACCGACUCUCAGUGAGACAGAGGGUCAAAUACCAUCAGUAAAACCUAAUUUAGAAGAAGCAGAACAAGCCGUAGCUCUUUCCUUAGCCUGUGCCACGCAAACUGUGCUUCCUUCUCCACCUUCAGUUUCUAUAGCGGACUUGCAAACAAUUUUAAAGGUGUAUAAAAAUCUUGUCAACAAUCACACAUUGUAUGCCACAAACGUUGAACGCCUCUUUACUUUCAAUACACAUUCUACAUGGGAAGACUUGGAAUCACGGAAAUUACUCCGUCGUAGUUGUAAAACUUGAUUGCAUUUCAUAUAUUUAUGAGAAUGUUAAAAUAUUAAUUUAAAUAAAUAAUUGUAAAUCAAA